GCCGCGCACGCCCGGCGGCGGGGGGCCCAGCGGCAAGAGAGACCCGUCCGAGGCUGCAUGGGACGGCGCGGCCACGUAACGGGCGACGGUCACGCACGCAGCAGGCGGCACGGCGGCAAGCAUCCGUUUGCGCGCCUGCACUGAACUGCCCCCGGUUCUGCCGCCUCUGCCCGCGGGGCGAGGGGGCGGUAAAAGGUGGGGGUGGGAGAGAGAUAGAUAGAGAGAUUGCUGCCCGCGCCCCGGAGCAGAGCGAGUGCCUCCUGCCAUUACUGUUCUGUGCGGUGAGGUAGAGGGAUAAGGAGGGAGGGAGGGGGGAAGCUGUAGGCGGCGUCUCCGAUGGGGAAGGGAUAAGGGAACCUGUACGUUGGCAAUGCCGCCGUUUCUCCCUCUUCGCUGAGUAGCUAGUGCGUGUUCAAAGCAAGCGAACUGGCUGUUGAUCAACAAGAUGGAUGGGAAAGACCUUUUUGUGGAGAUAGGGAUGAAGGAGGAGGACAUUGCCACAAUGCUGUUCGGGAAGAAAGUUGCCGAGCUGGCAGAAGACGCAUUUGAUGGUUCCAAGGAAGAAAGGCAGAUCUUCGAGGGUGUCUUCUGCCUAACAAGCACUGAUGGGUUAACUGAUCAUCAUCACGAAGGCACUGGACAUACUGCAGAUGCCUCAAGCUCUGCCUCCAAUUACAAGACGGCAUGGUGUCGCAUAGUUGAGUCCUUCACUGCUGGUAACUUAUCAAGCUACCGUGUCUUCUGUCUUGCUGCGGAUCAGCAGGCGUGCCAGGCAGUGCCUUCUCCUCAUGCUGGCCCUUCUGAGCUUGUGGUGCAGUGGACGCCUCCUCCUGAUCGCGUGUACACGCGUAGGGCGGUGACUCGCAGGAGCGAGAGAGCAAGAAUUUGCAGUGCUAUGGAUUUGGAGAGCAUUGACAUUCGCAAUUUUGGUCGCCAGAGGGAUGGCCGUGGCUAUGGAGAGCUUUGGAAUCAUCUCCGUCUGCAUGCGCAUCUUCUGAUGGUGGAUGCUGGGUGGAAGAUAGAGGGCAAGGAAAGGGGUAACAAGAGUAAGGUGGACAAAAUGUAUGUGGCGCCGGACAAAGUGACGCGCCUGUUUUCUCUUCCCAGGGCAUGGAAAUGCUUUGGUCAAUGGUUGCUUAUGGCUACACCAUGCAUUGAUGGAAAUGGGUCAAAUGACUAUGGAAAGGAGUGGUUGAACAUGCAUGAUUUUUUGUAUGAUUUGAAGAACACACUGCUGUGCUUACAAUACGAGGUCCAGCGUCCGAAGCAAUCGUUAUCUUUCCUCCACCAGUGGCGGCUCCUUGAUCCUUUCAUGGCUGUAGUUUGCAUUGAUAAGAAGGUUGCAGCUCUGAAAAAUGGAGCAGCACUGAAAGCUAUGAACAGCACUGUAAGUUUCCUUAGUUGCAGCGAGCGUAAACUUUUGAAUGCCAAGAAUGAAAGUAGGCCACUCGGGUCAUGCAAAAAGAGUCUUCUGCCACUUUUUCUCUCUGAAACUGAUGGUCAGCCUGAUAAGGAAGGAAUUUCUUUUCUCAAUGAACAAUCUUCUAUAUUUUUAUCAAACAAUCCAAGCGAACAUGAAGCUGAUCAACAAUCACUGUGCAUCUCAGAAAUAAAUGGACGAAGCAUAAGAAGCACAGCUCAUCGCAUAGUGAUGGGUCUCCAUGAUGCAACAGCUUUUCUUGGCCCGAGGCAAAAUUGUUUGAGCAAGAAAAAGAAAUUUCCGUGCAUCAAAUCUAGAGUGGAGCAGCAAGCUGAGGAUAAGUCUGACCCAUUAUACUUCCCACCCAGCUAUUCAUCAGCAUUGGAUCACCUGGUUGAAAAUGUUCAAAUGGAAGGUCUGAAUUCUUAUGGUAAUGAAACCACAGAAAUUCCCUAUGUGGUCAAUUCUGCAGGUACUCCAGAUGACAUGCUCCUUGGAGAGAACUUACUUUUUUCCCCUGAGGUUGACGAGAUGCUACUUGGAAUUACAGAUGAUAUCAACACUGAACAGCAUGAUGCUGCAGUUGUUUCUGAGCCCCAAUUGGCAGAUAAAGAUGCCAGUAACGGACCUUCUGGUGCAUCAUCACUACCACUAGAGAAAGAUGAGUACAUGAGACCUAAAGAAGAUUGUAUUGACAAUGGCUGUCAUGAUCCUGCGGCUGUCUCUCAGUUUCAAAUGGCAGAUAAAGAGGCAGGAGAUAAACCUUCAGGUGCAUUAUCGCUACAAUCAGAAAAGGAUACAGAUUUGGGAGCUAACAAGCUGAGCUUGGAAGAUCCAACAAAAAAUGAACAGUUAUCAUCUGAAGCUAGGGGCAAUGCUUCGAUGAUCUCAGAGCCACAAGUGUUGUUUGUGUCGCCUCAAGAUGGGACUCUUUCUUUUAUGAACAAUAGUAUGAACAACCAAGAGAUGUUGAGCUUCCUGAAUGCUUCCCAUGACACCAUGGGUACUCAUUCACCAGUUUAUGAGGCAAGCUUGAUUCAGGGUUUCUUAUACCUUGACAGUCAAGGUUCUCCGAUUUGUUGGACGGUAACUAACACAGAACCUCCUCGGCAGUUGAUCUGUGCCGCUGAUGUGGAACCAAGCUCGAAGUUGUCGAAAGAUUAUGGUGAAACGAAUUUGGAGAAAGGCGCAUCAGCAUAUGAAGACAAAGAAAUAUUGGAACCUGGGUCAAGUAAGAAGGGGAAAAAAAGGCCCGACAAGCUUGCAGAUAUCCAAGACAAUGUCAGUAGAAAGAAACAUAGAGUGAAUGAUGCCCCUUUAAGCAAUUGUGCGAGUCAGUAUGUGGAUGAUGUAAGUGACAACCCUGCUGGCCCUGUAGUUCUCAGUGAGGAAGAACAGAUAGUUACAGCAAUCGUUAAGCAAGUUCCUUCGAAUACAGAGCCCAAGAAUAAGGACGAUAAGGAUCAAGAUAAACAAAGCAUUGAACAUUCAAAACAGCUCAUGUCCGAAGAACCAUUAAAAAAGGAUAACAAAAGGCAAAAGAAAACACGGUCUCGCAAAUGCAAGUUUGAUGAUGACGAUCUUCUGAUGACAGCUGUAAUACAUAAGCUGACUGCACGUUAUAGGAACUGUUUUCAUCGAAGGCUCACAGAUAAAGUUGGUUUCAGGCGUCUUCCAAGAUACCGCUGGGAGAGGGAAGAGGAAAGUAGCACAAAGAAGUUUAAUGGAGGAGCAAGAACAGUGUUGAACAAGUUACUUGAAAUGGGCAUUGUUGCUAGAGUGAACAUUCUUCAAUAUCGAGGGCCAGGAGGCAAAAAUGUGUUAAAGGAUGGGAACAUAACUAGGAACGGGAUUCGAUGCCGGUGCUGUGGCACCACAUUCACAAUGUCCAGGUUUAAGUGCCAUGCAGGUCUCAGGCAAGAAAUCUCGUCUCUGAAUCUUUUCUUGGGUACAGGUAAAUCAUACAGUCUUUGUCAGCUUCAAGCAUGGUCUAUAGAGCAAAAGGUCAGGAAAGAGCAUGCAAAAGAUACCAUGUCACUUCAAGGAGAUCAAAAUGAUGAUAUCUGUGGAUCAUGUGGCGACGGUGGUGAACUGAUAUGUUGUGACAACUGUCCUGCUAGUUACCAUCAAGCUUGCUUGCCUUAUCAGGAUAUCCCAGAUGGCAACUGGUACUGCUCUAGCUGCCUUUGCGACAUUUGUGGGGAAGUGAUCAAUUCGAAGGAGCUAAGAACUUCAGUCCCUGCUUUAGAAUGUUUACAGUGUGAACGUCAAUAUCAUGCAAAAUGCUUAUCUGGCAAGGUUUUACGCAAUGAGAAAGGUGGACCUGAUAGCUUUCUUUGUGGAAGAAGAUGCCAGAAGUACUGUCAGAUUUAUACGAGCUUUCAUUGUCGUGUUGGAGUGCCUGACCAUAUGGAUGAUGGUUUCUGUUGCACCAUUCUUCAUAAUAAUGGUGAUCAAAAGGUUCGUACAGCCGCGGAGAUUGCUCUCAUGGCUGAAUGCAACAUGAAACUAAUGAUUGCCCUGAGCAUUAUGGAAGAAUGCUUCCUGCCUAUCUUAGAUCCAAGGACUGGGAUAGACAUUAUUCCUUCUAUAUUAUAUAACUGGAGGUCUGAUUUUGUACAUUUGGAUCACAAGGGGUUCUAUACUGUAGUCUUGGAAAAUGAUGACAGCAUCAUAUCUGUGGCAUCCAUCAGGUUACAUGGUGCUAUUGUAGCAGAGAUGCCCCUAGUAGCUACUUGUACAGAGAAUCGUCAACAGGGAAUGUGCAGGCGCCUCAUGGAUUACAUUGAGGAGAUGCUGAAAUCCCUGAAGGUGGAGAUGCUACUUCUGUCAGCAAUACCGCACCUAGUGGACACAUGGACAUCGGCAUUCGGUUUCAGCGAGAUAGACGACUCAGACAAGAAGCAUCUGAGUAAGGUCAGGCUGGCCUCUGUCCCGGGAACUGUCCUGCUGAAGAAGAAGCUGUGCGAACGUGCAGGCACCACCGACGCCGAUGACGCAGUGGACGGCAUGGGGUGCCUCUCGCCGCCGCCGCCGCCAGCAGACCGUCACGAGGUGCCCGGCGAGCAGGAUCAGUCUUCUUCUGAAGUUUCCGCGCCAGCUUGCGCAGUGCAUGGUCUCGUUGACAGGCUAAACGGCCUGGAGAUCGCUUCGUCCUCCGCGACGGCAGGUCCUCCUCCAUCAGCUGGCAGUGGUGAAUGUAAUAACGAGCGUUCUGUAAAUAUUGUCAAUGCCGGCGACAAGCCGAAGGAUGCUGUUGUUAGUGGCGGCCUUUGCCGGACCGAGUCCUGAACCUUGUAUGAGAAAACUAGACUCUGUUUAGCUCCAGUUAGUUAUGCCCAGGAGGGUUCGUCUCCCCCCUCCCUUUGAACA